AUGAUGGUCCUAACCCGAAGUCAAUCCCUGAGAAGUGGAGACUAUUUGGAAGGCAUGCUCAGCGACUACAAGCGCUACAAAGACAACAACAACAACAACAACUUCAAAAUGCGGGCCCAAAAGGGGCCCUCGGCCAAGCUUGUCACAACCCUCACAUGCCUCCAAUUCGUAUUCGCCCUCUACGCCACCUCCCUACUCUACUUCAUGAGCCCCUCCAUCAACCUCACUUCCCGACUAUCCCAUCCCUGGCGCCAGCUCAGCACAAUCCCGCAACGCAAUCAAAUGACCAACUCGUCCCUGGCCACGUGCGAGCACGAGAAGAUCGACUUCGAGCAGAAGAAGUCUAGCGACGCCCUCAUGACCAAGCUCAAAACAGAGCUCUACAGGGAAAUCCUCGACUUCCAGAGCACCAGCAUAGGCACCGAGACUCUCCCCCAGCUCCUGGCCAUGAAAUCCAGGUGGGACAUGAGCCGCGGGCCCCACAACACCCCUAAGGUCACCGUUAUCUUGAACCACUUCAAGCGCAAGACCUUGUGCGCGCAGCUCGACUCAUUACUCCACCAGACACUACCCUUCCACCGCGUGUGGGUGCUCUCGUUCGGGAGCCCCAACGAGAAGUCCCUGAGAAGCAUCGUGGGCGGGUACAAUGACUCGAGAAUUAGUUUUAUAAGCUCGGGUUACGACUUCAAGUACUACGGGAGGUUUCAGGUGGCCCUGCAGACGGAGGGCGAUUUCGUCUAUGUACUCGAUGAUGAUAUGAUACCGGGGAGAAAGAUGCUGCAGAUAUUGUCCCACGUGGCGGGGAUUGACAAGUACGUGAACUCGGUCUUGGGAAGUAUUGGCCGGAUUCUGCCGUUUAGGCAGAAGAAGGACUUUACUUUCCCGAGCUAUAGGAAGUUCCGGUCAAAGGAGGCUGGGCUUUACUUGCCGGACCCCGCUUAUGAUAUCACGGUCGAUAGGAUUGUGCGUGUUGAUUUCCUGUCGAGCUCUUGGUUUUUGUCCUCGGAGCUCGUCAAGACGCUUUUUAUUGAGACGCCUUUCACUUUCGCGACCGGCGAAGAUUUGCAUUUGAGCUACCAGCUCCAAAAGUACCGGGACGCGGGCUCGUUUGUUCUGCCGGUCGACCCGAACAAUAAGGACACAUGGGGCGACAGCGAACACCGCCUCGCUUACAUGUCAGAGACAACUGUCAUCUUCAAAGACAUUGUCCAAGUCCGAGACGACCAGUGGUGGAAGGCUCUCUCCACUGGCUACAUCACCCAAUGGGCCGCCAUGUACCCACAAACCAUCGAUGCUCUUUUCUACGCGCACUCGGCUGACGAGGUCAAGUCCCUGGCCCCACUCAUCAAGAAAUUCCGGACGACAGCUGGCAAGAAAGCCUACGUGGUCGUCCCAGGCGGGAAAUAUUUCCCGUGUGCGGACGCAGCCGCGUUCCUCAAGUGGCCCAAAUCGGCGUGCAAGGAGAGGCGGUUCAAGAUUUUGGAUCUCGGAAUCGAGGUUUCAGGGUCGGAGGUGCAGGUCGUGCAAGCGGUGUACGCGAGCAUGAGGGGUUUGGUGAGGAUUCACAACCCAAGCCUGGUGAUUGCGGUCUCGGAUUUGGACGCGAGCGUGGCCAAGGCUUUGAGGAUGGCGGCCGAGGCUAAGGCAAACGGCUCAUCGGCGUUGGUGCUUUUGCCGAGGUCAAGUGUGCCCAAGGCUCUCUGGAUGGCCGAUCUUCGCUCUACGGCAUUGCCGAAUUGGAACCGGAUGCGGCUCACCGUAAGCAUCAUCACGCAAAAUCGCGCCACCUCCCUAACAAGGCUCCUCAAGUCCUUAACCGACGCCUACUACCUAGGAGACGAGGUCCCCAUCACCUUCAACAUGGACAACAAAGUGGACGACGAGACCAUAAAGCUCGUGAACUCAUUCGAGUGGCCCCACGGCCCCAAGACCCUCCGGCGCCGCGUCAUCCAGGGCGGCCUCAUCCGUGCCGUGAGCGAAAGCUGGUACCCUACCUCCGAUGACGACUUCGGCCUUUUACUCGAGGACGACAUCGAAGUCUCCCCUUACUACUAUCUCUGGGUCAAAUACGCCCUCCUCGCCUACCACUACGACCCACAGGUGUCCAUCCCGGAGCUCUCGUCCAUCGCCCUCUACACGCCCCGUUUGGUGGAGGUCGUGAAGGAACGCCCCAAGUGGAACGCCACCGCCUUCUUCAGCCGAAUCCACCCAAACACGCCCUACCUCCACCAGCUUCCCUGCAGUUGGGGGGCCGUUUUUUUCCCCAAGCAGUGGCGGGAGUUUUACGCGUACAUGAACAUGCGAUUCACGGAGGACGCCAAGCAGAACCCCGUCCAGAUUCCAAAGUCGAGGACCAAUGGGUGGCAGGCCUCGUGGAAGAAGUUCCUCAUCGACAUGAUGUACCUCAGGGGGUAUGUUAGCCUGUACCCGAACUUCCCGGACCAGGCCAGCUUCUCGACCAAUCACAUGGAGCCAGGGGCACACAUCAGCGCCAAGGACAACGUGGUGAGGCACGACAAGACGGAUUUUGAGGUGCCACUGUUGAGGGAGGACUUCUGGAACUUUCUGCCUAAGGGGAAGCUGCCGCCGGCGUCCAAGCUGCCAUCGGUCGACCUUUUCAACAAGGCGGUGUCGCUCAAGGGGAUCAAGGCGGCCGGGGCGAAGCUGGGGCAGGAUGUGCUGGAGUGUGGCCCAGGGGAGAUUGUGGUGGUCCAUCAGGACACCGGUUUGCCUUGGCAUUGUGCUAAAUUCUGA